AUGACGAAGACAAAAGUCUACGUGAUCGGUGUCGGCAUGACCAAGUUCACCAAGCCCGGCUCAACCGGCCUCGACUACCCGGACAUGGUGAAAGAGGCUGUGAACGAGGCUUUGGCUGACGCAAAACUUGAGUACAAGGACAUUCAACAGGCCACCGUUGGAUACUUGUAUGGAGGCACUUGCAAUGGUCAACGGGCUCUUUAUGAGCUUGGUUUCACCGGGAUCCCGAUUUUCAAUGUAAACAACGCGUGCGCUUCAGGCUCAUCUGGUGUUUUCCUUUGCAAGCAAAUCUUGGAGUCAGGAAAUGCGGAUGUUGUGCUGGCGUGUGGCUUUGAGAAAAUGGCCUCGGGCUCGUUGGAGAAUAUGGGCGGAAAGCUCGAUGAUCGAGCACUUCCCGUUGAUCAUCACAUCCAGUUGAUGGCCGACACUUACGGUCUUUUCCCCGCACCGAUCACUGCUCAAAUGUUCGGAAAUGCCGGCAAAGAACACAUGGAGAAAUAUGGCACCAAGCGCGAGCAUUUCGCAAAAAUCGCCUACAAGAACCAUUUGCACUCUGUCAACAAUCCAAAAUCCCAAUUCACUAAGGAAUUCUCGUUUGAUCAAGUGAUGAACGCGAGGAAAAUCUACGACUUUAUGGGUCUUUUAGAAUGCAGUCCAACCUCUGAUGGUUCAGCGGCAGCGGUUCUCUGCUCGGAGCGCUACCUCCAAGCCCAUCCACAUCUGCGCCCGCAAGCCGUCGAAAUCGUUGGCUUCAAACUUGGCACCGAUUUGCCGUCAGUGUUCGCCGACAACUCGAACAUCAAGAUGAUCGGCUUUGACAUGAUUCAGAAAAUUUCUCAAGAAUUGUACAAAGAGACUGGUGUUACCCCGAAUGAUGUUCAGGUGAUCGAGUUGCACGACUGUUUUGCUCCGAACGAGUUGAUCACCUAUGAAGCGCUGGGGCUUUGCCCAAUCGGUAAAGCUGGUGAGUUGAUCGAUCGAGGAGACAACACUUACGGAGGAAAAUGGGUGAUCAACCCAAGUGGCGGUCUCAUAUCCAAGGGACAUCCCAUCGGGGCAACCGGAGUCGCCCAGGUCGUCGAAUUGUCCAAUCAACUACGGGGACGCUGUGGAAAACGACAAGUGCCAAACACAAAAUACGCGAUGCAACAUAACAUCGGUAUCGGAGGAGCCGGUGUGGUUGCAUUGUAUAAAUUGGCCGAUGGUGGAUCUCAUGGACCAGCCAAGACAGUCUCAAAUGGACCCUCGCUGAAAAGUGAUGUGAUUUUCGACGAGAUCAAGGAGAGAAUAAAUACGGAGAAGGAUUUGGUUGAUAAAGUUGCCACUUCAUUCGGUCUUGUGAUCACCGGCAAUGGGACAACAAAAAAAUGGUUUAUUGACACAAAAGCCUCACCACCGUACGUCGGAAAUGAUGAACGUCCAACCGAGAUCUCAGUCACCAUUUCAGAUGAUGCCUUUAUGCAGAUUGCCUCUGGCGCUCUCAAACCAGAUCAGGCUUUUAUGUCUGGAAAAAUGAAAUUGAAGGGGAACAUCGCCAAAGCAAUGAAGCUCCGCACUUUGCUUGACCCAAAAAUGCUUAAAGCUAAACUU